AUGGAUGUGGAAAAAUUGAGCAAAGAUUUAAAUAACGUUUAUUUUGGAGAUUAUGGAUUAUUUGCGAAUGUGGCUCAUUAUGAUAGGUUUGAGAAUUUUGAUAGUAGAAACUUGGGGGAGGGGGAUGGAGAAAAAAUAUUGAUACAUGAGAUAAGAAAAUAUUCGAGGGAGAAUGGGAGAAGGGAGGCCGAGUUUGGGUUUAGUAGGAAGAAGAAGUUGGAGAGGGUGAAAGAGGACGAAAUUAUGAGCGAAAAGGAAAAUUUUAGAGUGGUGACUGAUGAGGGUGUGGUAAAUUUAAAUGGAGUCAGUGUUCCAGUUAUUCAACAAUUUAUCUCAGAUGUUGGGUUUCAUGAUUUUAUGGUGGCACUGUUGGGAGGAGACAAAAUAUUUAUGUAUUUUACAGGCAAGUCAGAGGUGAUGUCUGUUUUUAAUAAACUAGCUGAUUUUUUCAGAUCUUUUGUGUGUGAUUGUCGUGCUUGGUCGAAGGAUAAUGACUUGGUUUAUGAGAGAGGGGUGUGGGCUCGUUGUUAUGGUAUAUCGUUACAUGCAGGAAAUGUGAGGUUGGAUUAUGGUCAUAUUUUGACCACUACAAAAUUAUUGAGGGAAAUAAAUGAGGUAGAGGAUUUUUGGGCCGACGGGAUGAAAUAUCCUAUUAAGUUUGUGGAGGAUAUAAAGUUUGGCUUAGCAGAUGACACAUGUUUAGUUGAGUAUGAGGAGGAAAAUGAGUCUCAGGGUACUGAACUGGGCUGCGAGUUUGAAGAUGCGUUGUGA